CUAAAUUGGAAUACGUUCAAAAUUUUUGGCGAAUGUCAACAUGGCGUAAAUUAUUAAUUAAAUACCUAUGGUGCUUGGUUUUUGAUUUUGAAUAACCGUAUUAAAGGAUUCUACAGAAGGAAAUAAAACUUUAUCAGGAUGGUGGAUCACGAUCCAGGCCUUAAACAGGAGGAAAACUAUCCUCUUUUAAAGGUGGAUGCGGGAGGAGGUGAUUCUUGUGUGGGUCCUCAAGCGCCGCUUACUACGGUAUCUCCAGGAUGGACCAUUGCUUCUGGGAGAAAACACUCUUGGCUUAAUCGGUGGCCCGGCCCCGAAUUAUUCUCGGCCUGUUGGAUGACGUUUAUUUUAUUGGGAAUAUCUCUUCUGGUAUUUUACGCUAUUGGUAUUAGCGUUUACAGACACCAGGGUCUUAUAUUUGUAAAUUGCAACGACACCAGACCAUAUAGUCAAGUUUUUUAUCAUCAAAUAGUCUCAGCAGAAACAUAUUUUCCAUUCAGCUCGUACUAUGGAUAUCUAUCGAACAUGGUUACGCAAUACCCUGAUCUACGUUUGAAUUGGUUCUUCCUGAUCGACGAUUCACAGCAGUAUACCUUCAAUAAAUUAGUUCAAACGAGAAAAACGAAUGUCUUUGAGAAAAACAACAGGAGAUCCAUUCAAGAUUUUAGACUGAAAUAUAAAAGUGUAAAUCUUACUAUCAUGCUCUUAAGUAAGUUUAUGGCGACGACUCCAAUGAGGUUCAAUUGGAAAACUAUUCCGGCAUCGUAUUUGAGUUUUUACGUAAGGACCUUCUCAGUCUGGCGCAACGGUGGCAUAGGGAUGGAUUUAUCUAUAUUCAAUGCACGAUUUAACAGUCGAUCCGAAGAUAAUAGAAUCAAAGCAAUAUUGAAACAGCACAAUGACGGUAUCCAACCUGAAAUUUAUUCCAACGCACUCAGCACUAUAGACUCCCAAGAGGAAACUGAGUUUUUCGCGUUAAUUAACCAGUUUUUAAACGAAAUUCGAUCCCUUCUUAAUAAAACUAUGUUCUUUUCUACGACAUCCGAAAAGAGGCAUAAUUUUAACGAGCCACGCAAAGGUAAACGUGAAGUAAAGGACUUGUUUAGUAUUAAAAGUUUUGAUGAAAACUGUACUGCUCACCGCCAUUUGUCAAACUCAUCCAAUAACAAAGGAGCAGCAGCAAGCGAGAGCAAAUUAAAUAGCAGCGUAUCCCAUACAUUAAGGACAUUCCGAUAGAGGCACCCGUCACGUGCGGACGUGCUCAUCGUCCACUCGAUCGCCCGGUCUUUGUUCGCCCGGCUUUUGUUAGCCCGGCCAUUGUUCGCGCGGCCUGUGUUUGUGGUACAUCUGCCGACUAAGUGCUCUUUCUGGAAGUUUUUAUUUGUUUUGUUUCCUUUUGUUGUUUCUGUGUUCGUGGUACAUCUGCCGACAAAGUGGUUUCCUGCAAGUAUUUAUUUGUUUUGUUUCUUUUCGUAAUUUCUGUUUUGUUGUGCUUUUUCUUUGUCCUGUAGUAAUCGCGCCGCAUUGCCACCUGUGUUCAAUAGAACCGCUCAGGUCCGAGAAGUUGGGGCCUCGCCGCAAGGCGAGUGUUUUCAAGACCCGGGGCCGCCCCACCUGGGUACUCAGCGAUCAUGGACGCUGUAUUCGCGGAAUUCCUCCGACUUCGCCACCCACAGCUCGCCUCGGAGUUCUUGGCCUUCAAGGCCAAUCACACUGCGAGCCCUCUCGAGGACUCCGCCGCGCUCGCUGCUCCUGCGUCGCCUGUACCUGCGUGCAGAGCUUCUGCAUUGAGCACCGCAGCCACUGUCGUGCCUGCCGCUCCCGUGUCGCCUAUACUGGCGAGAAAAGCUGCUGCGUCGUCCGCCGUGACCAUCGUUUCAGCUGAGCGAUCAUCCGCGGCCUCCGUCGCGCCCUCUAAAACACCUACACUUGCUCGUAGGUCGCCUGCACCCGCCUCCUCGUGCUCCGACUCUGACUCGGACAUGGAGGUCGACCUCGCCCCCGCCUCAUCGACGGAUGGAUUCACCCUGGUACAGAAGGGUAAGAAGCGUGCCGCGGAGUCUCGAGCUCCCGCGGCCGCUAAAAUUAGCAAAGCCGUGAACGCGUCGCGCCCCCGCCCUCAGACUCCCGUUGCGCCCCCAGCCCGUGCCACUCCGUCGCCGCGUCCGGUGGCACAAAAUAAAACCCAGACCCCUCCCCCGGUUAUCCUUCAGGAGAAGGCAGCUUGGGAUCGAGUUUGCCUGGCCCUUAAGGCCAAAAAUAUAAAUUUCACGAAUGCCCGUAACCUCGCGAACGGCAUUCAAAUUAAGGUUCAAACACCCGACGACCAUAGGGCCCUCUCUUCUUACCUCCGUAAGGAGCGUAUAAGUUUCCAUACGUAUACGCUCCAGGAGGAGCGCGAACUCCGCGUUGUAAUACGCGGAAUCCCUAAAGAGUUAGAUGUAGAGCUCGUAAAAGCCGACCUGUUAGAACAAGGCCUACCAGUGAAUUCUGUGCACCGUAUGCACACCGGUCGCGGUAGGGAGCCAUAUAAUAUGGUUCUAGUCGCUCUCCAACCUACCCCCGAGGGUAAGAAAAUCUUUAACACACAGACCGUCUGUAGGCUCUCUGGUAUCGCUGUCGAAGCCCCCCAUAAAAAAGGCACUCCUAGCCAGUGCCAUAACUGUCAAUUGUACGGGCACUCUUCCCGUAACUGUCACGCGCGCCCCCGAUGUGUUAAGUGUUUGGGCGAUCACGCCACGGCCCUCUGCGCUCGCGACCAAAAAACCGCGACGGAACCGCCUAGCUGCGUCCUGUGUCGAACACAGGGUCACCCCGCGAAUUACCGUGGUUGCCCCCGAGCCCCUAAAAUAAAUCGCCGCGUCGCCCGCCAAAACCGCCUCCGAGCUUCCGGCCCAGACAUCAAAGCCUCGGCACCCUCUGCGUCGCAGGCUAAGCCAGCGUUCGUUCCGGCGGCGGUGCCCAGUGUCUCGGCCUGGGCAAAACCGCUGCCGUACACGAACACGGCUACAACUCCCUCCUCCGCGAUUCGUCCCGCCCCCGCGACUCGUCCCUCUCCCGCGACUUGCCCUCCGACCGCGUCCGACAAUCUCGCUUUAGCGAUCGACUUCUUUCAGUCGAUCAACUUUGAGCGCGUUAACGCUUUGGGCGACGCCAUUCGCGCUGCCUCCACUGCACAACACUUUAUCGCCGUUGUGCAGGAAUACGCCGACGUAUACGCGUCAUUAAAUACGUACGUCCUCCCCUCACUCCGCCGGUAAUCAAUGGCGUAUAUAAGUAGAAUAAAGCCCCUAUCCGUAACGAUAGGAUUUUUUAACGCUUACGGUCUCGCAAAUCAACGUGAUCAGGUUUCUGACUUUUUGCGUGACCACCAAAUUGAUAUCUUUUUAGUGCAGGAGACCCUACUUAAGCCCGCGCGCCGUGACCCUAAAAUCGCGAACUAUAACAUGGUCAGGAACGACAGGCUCUCUGCCCGUGGUGGUGGUACCGUCAUUUACUAUAGAAGAGCCCUGCAUUGCGUCCCGCUCGAUCCUCCCGCGCUCGUUAAUAUCGAAGCAUCAGUGUGCCGAAUCUCACUGACGGGACACGCGCCGAUCGUUAUCGCGUCCGUUUAUCUUCCACCGGAUAAGAUCGUUCUAAGCAGUGAUAUCGAGGCGCUGCUCGGUAUGGGGAGCUCUGUCAUUCUGGCGGGCGACCUAAAUUGUAAACACAUCAGGUGGAACUCACACACCACAACCCCGAAUGGCAGGCGGCUUGACGCGUUAGUCGAUGAUCUCGCCUUCGAUAUCGUCGCUCCGCUAACCCCGACUCACUACCCGCUAAAUAUCGCGCAUCGCCCGGAUAUACUCGACAUAGCGUUAUUAAAAAACGUAACUCUGCGCUUACACUCGAUCGAAGUAGUUUCAGAGUUAGAUUCAGACCACCGUCCCGUCGUUAUGAAGCUCGGUCGCGCUCCCGAUUCCGUUCCCGUCACGAGGACUGUGGUGGAUUGGCACACGCUGGGCAUCAGCCUGGCUGAAUCUGAUCCACCAUCGCUCCCGUUUAACCCGGACUCUAUCCCGUCUCCUCAGGAUACCGCUGAAGCCAUAGACAUCUUAACGUCACACAUCACCUCGACAUUAGAUAGGUCAUCGAAACAAGUUGUAGCGGAGGACUUCCUUCACCGCUUCAAAUUGUCCGACGAUAUUAGGGAACUCCUUAGAGCUAAGAACGCCUCGAUACGCGCCUACGACAGGUAUCCUACCGCGGAAAAUCGUAUUCGAAUGCGUGCCCUACAACGCGACGUAAAGUCUCGCAUCGCCGAAGUCCGAGAUGCCAGAUGGUCUGAUUUCUUAGAAGGACUCGCGCCCUCCCAAAGGUCUUACUACCGCUUAGCUCGUACUCUCAAAUCGGAUACGGUAGUAACUAUGCCCCCCCUCGUAGGCCCCUCAGGCCGACUCGCGGCGUUCGAUGAUGACGAAAAAGCAGAGCUGCUGGCCGAUACAUUGCAAACCCAGUGCACGCCCAGCACUCAAUCCGUGGACCCUGUUCAUGUAGAAUUAGUAGACAGUGAGGUAGAACGCAGAGCCUCCUUGCCACCCUCUGAUGCGUUACCACCCGUCACCCCGAUGGAAGUUAAAGACUUGAUCAAAGACCUACGUCCUCGCAAGGCUCCCGGUUCCGACGGUAUAUCCAACCGCGUUAUUAAACUUCUACCCGUCCAACUCAUCGUGAUGUUGGCAUCUAUUUUCAAUGCCGCUAUGGCGAACUGUAUCUUUCCCGCGGUGUGGAAAGAAGCGGACGUUAUCGGCAUACAUAAACCCGGUAAACCAAAAAAUCAUCCGACGAGCUACCGCCCGAUUAGCCUCCUCAUGUCUCUAGGCAAACUGUAUGAGCGUCUGCUCUACAAACGCCUCAGAGACUUCGUCUCAUCCAAGGGCAUUCUUAUCGAUGAACAAUUCGGAUUCCGUACAAAUCACUCAUGCGUUCAACAGGUGCACCGCCUCACGGAGCACAUUCUUGUGGGGCUUAAUCGACCAAAACCGUUAUACACGGGAGCUCUCUUCUUCGACGUCGCAAAAGCGUUCGACAAAGUCUGGCACAAUGGUUUGAUUUUCAAACUAUUCAACAUGGGCGUGCCGGAUAGUCUCGUGCUCAUCAUACGGGACUUCUUGUCGAACCGCUCUUUUCGAUAUCGAGUCGAGGGAACCCGCUCCUCCCCACGACCUCUCACAGCUGGAGUCCCGCAAGGCUCUGUCCUCUCACCCCUCCUAUUUAGCUUAUUCGUCAACGAUAUUCCCCGGUCGCCGCCGACCCAUUUAGCUUUAUUCGCCGACGACACGACUGUUUACUAUUCUAGUAGAAAUAAGUCCCUAAUCGCGAAGAAGCUUCAGAGCGCAGCCCUAGCCCUAGGACAGUGGUUCCGAAAAUGGCGCAUAGACAUCAACCCAGCGAAAAGUACUGCGGUGCUAUUUCAGAGGGGAAGCUCCACACGGAUUUCCUCCCGGAUUAGGAGGAGGAAUCUCACACCCCCGAUUACUCUCUUUAGACAACCCAUACCCUGGGCCAGGAAGGUCAAGUACCUGGGCGUUACCCUGGAUGCAUCGAUGACAUUCCGCCCGCAUAUAAAAUCAGUCCGUGACCGUGCCGCGUUUAUUCUCGGUAGACUCUACCCCAUGAUCUGUAAGCGGAGUAAAAUGUCCCUUCGGAACAAGGUGACACUUUACAAAACUUGCAUAAGGCCCGUCAUGACUUACGCGAGUGUGGUGUUCGCUCACGCGGCCCGCACACACAUAGACACCCUCCAAUCCCUACAAUCCCGCUUUUGCAGGUUAGCUGUCGGGGCUCCGUGGUUCGUGAGGAACGUUGACCUACACGACGACCUGGGCCUCGAAUCAAUUCGGAAAUACAUGAAGUCAGCGUCGGAACGAUACUUCGAUAAGGCUAUGCGUCAUGAUAAUCGCCUUAUCGUUGCCGCCGCUGACUACUCCCCGAAUCCUGAUCAUGCAGGAGCCAGUCACCGUCGACGCCCUAGACACGUCCUUACGGAUCCAUCAGAUCCAAUAACCUUUGCAUUAGAUGCCUUCAGCUCUAAUACUAGGGGCAGGCUUAGGGACCCCGGUAACCGUACUCGUCGAACUCGACAAAGAGGUCGACGUGCAACCUAACCCAUGCAUCAGCCCGCUGAGUUUCUCGCCGGAUCUUCUCAGCGGGUCGCGAUUCCGAUCCGGUAGUAGAUUCAUUCGCGAAACAAUUGCUCUUGAGUUGUUAGGUCUCCUUCGGAGGCGCUCGGGCAGUUGUUAGCAAAUCCCACCCCUCUUGGCUGAGCCUUUGCUCGCCCACCUGUCCUGGUGAAACUGGAAAGGCCUUCGGGCCACCAGUAAACUUUCAAUCAUAAAAAAA